AAUUUCUCACUCACUAUAACUUAUAGAAUUUGAAGUGCUAGUAGAGGAAAAAAAAAGAACCCUCUACAGAUCUUUGCAUCUUCUUCACCAUGGAUACAGUAGCUAAGCUUUAUCUGUCACCAGAGAAAUUCUAUUGUUUGAGUUUUAAAGAACCAUUUAGAAAUGUUCAACCAUUUCUGCACAAAAAACCAGCUAAAUUUGAUGGUGUGACAUCCAUUAUGGGGCAUAAAAAUGGGUGUAGAGGUGGAUUGUUGUCUUUACAAAAAUGUAAAGCGUUUAGGUCUGAAGAAGAAGGGAAGUUAGUGAAAGAUGAUAUGAAGAAGAAGAAGAAAAAGAAUGCUCUUUCAUCUUUGAAAUCAGCUAUUCUUAAAUUGUCUGGUGGUGAAUCUAGAAAGGAUGAGUAUCAAAGUGUUGUUGCUAAAGUUGAAGAUAUUUUCUUUUCUUGUGCGACUCAAAUUGGAAGAUACCUUAUUACUAUGAUGAGUACUGGAGUCAUUGUUGCAGUUGGAUUUCAAAUAUCAGGUGGGGAUAGUCACUUGAAUACAUUGAUUUGGUAUAGUUGGCUUGGUGGUAUUAUCAUUGGAACAAUGAUAAGUGCUAAUCUGGUUUUAGAGGAAAUGGCUAGAAAGGGUCCACGAAACGUCGUCAUUACUGGAAGCACCAGGGGACUCGGCAAAGCACUUGCGCGGGAGUUUCUUCUUUCUGGAGAUCGUGUUGUUAUUGCUUCCCGCAGCCCUGAAUCCGUUCAAACAACUGUGAGGGAGCUUGAAGAGAAUCUAAGGGAAGGCAUACUCAGCUUGGGUGAAAAAUCUAAAGAGAAACUGUCGCAUGCUAAAGUCGUUGGCAUAGCAUGUGAUGUUGGCAACCCCGAUGAUGUGGAGAAACUGUCAAACUUUGCUGUUGGUGAACUUGGUGUUAUUGAUAUUUGGAUUAACAACGCUGGCACAAAUAAAGGUUUCAGACCGCUAUUGGAGUUUACAAAUGAAGAUAUUGAGCAGAUUGUCUCCACGAAUUUGGUUGGAUCUUUACUUUGCACACGAGAAGCAAUGCGCGUGAUGGACUUGCAAGGCAAGGCUGGUCAUAUUUUUAACAUGGAUGGUGCCGGCUCAGGAGGUUCUAGCACCCCUUUGACAGCUGUCUAUGGUUCUACUAAGUGUGGCUUAAGGCAGCUUCAGUCAUCACUUCUGAAAGAGUCCAAACGAUGCAGAGUAGGAGUACAUACAGCAUCUCCUGGGAUGGUCCUAACAGAGCUGCUCCUGAGUGGUGCAAGUCUCAAAAACAAACAGGCGUUCAACAUAAUAUGUGAACUUCCGGAGACAGUUGCAAGAACAUUGGUUCCACGGAUGCGGGUUGUUAAGGGAACUGGAAAAUCUAUCAAUUACUUAACUCCACCUAGAAUCUUGCUUGCAUUAGUCAGUGCAUGGGUGCGCAGAGGUCGGUGGUUCGAUGAUAAGGGAAGAGCAUUAUACGCAUCAGAAGCAGAUAGAAUCCGUAACUGGGCCGAAAGCCGUGCAAGGUUUUCUUUCACCGAUGCUAUGGAGAUGUACACGGAAAACACUUGGGUCUCAGUGUUUUCUCUCUCUGUUGUUUGCGCCUUCAUAAUCCUUUCAAGUGCUACUCCCAUACUUCCUGGCACAUAACCCUUCACUCAUGAAUCCAACUCAAUUGCCACGAAAAACUGAAACAAAUUACUCAAUAUCUUGGCAAAGUAAGACUUAACUCAGAACAACGUCAACAACAACAACAACACAGCUGAAAUCAGGUACAUCAACCAAACCACGGAUGUAACGAUUUCAUUUAAUCGUUCAUCCGAUCUUUUUUAACAGAUGUUCUACCCAUUUGUAGAAAAAGUAUGUAAAUCUAAAACCCAUCUGUUCACUAUCAAAUUCACCCACCCUUGGACCUAAGUCCUGGGUGAAUGGCAAACCUAUUCUAGCAGAAUUGUUUUCCUGUAAACAUAAAAAACAAAAGAGAAGCAACAGCAGAAUUGUUUCAUCAACUGAACAUUUUCAGUCGAUUAGCUUAUAGAAUUUAGAAUGUAUUUCUUUAUUGUAGUUCUAAUGAAAAUUUUCAUUACUGGGAGUAUCA